AUUCGAAUUCUGCCAGCUCUCCAAAAAACUCGCACAAAAGAGAGCUACAAACUUAAUGUUAAAACAUUUAAAUAAAAGUCUCGAAAAAAGUGUAAAAUAUAUAAAAAUAUUGUUUAAGGAAAACUAAAAACAAAACUGAAUAAAAGAAAAAAGAACAAACCAAAUAGAACAGUGAAGAAAAGUGUUAAGAAAAUUAAGAAAAAAGAUUAUAAAUCAAAACUGAAAAGUGACAAAGUCGAAUCCCUCGGAUACCAGAUACAUAGUUAAAUUCCAAAAGUUUUGAAUCCCCAAACGUUUUAACACCUGGUUUUCUUCGCUGGCAACGUAGUCGGCCAUUGAGUUGGCCGAUACCAAACGACCUUCAAAACGUUUUGCGUCGAGGCAAUACGCACCAUGGGCUGCGCACAGUCUGCCGAGGAGCGAGCCGCAGCCGCCAGAAGUCGCCUCAUCGAGCGCAAUCUCAAGGAAGAUGGCAUACAGGCGGCAAAGGACAUCAAACUCCUUUUGCUGGGUGCCGGUGAAUCUGGCAAGAGCACAAUAGUCAAACAGAUGAAAAUCAUUCACGAGAGCGGCUUCACUGCGGAGGACUUUAAACAAUAUCGACCGGUUGUCUACAGCAACACAAUACAAUCAUUAGUUGCAAUAUUGCGCGCGAUGCCAAACCUAAGUAUUCAGUACAGCAAUAACGAGCGGGAGAGCGAUGCCAAGAUGGUGUUCGACGUUUGCCAACGGAUGCACGACACCGAACCCUUCUCGGAGGAGCUGCUGGCCGCCAUGAAACGCCUCUGGCAGGAUGCCGGCGUCCAGGAGUGCUUCUCGCGCAGCAACGAAUACCAACUAAAUGAUUCCGCUAAAUAUUUCCUGGAUGAUUUGGAUCGGUUAGGCGCCAAGGAUUACCAGCCAACUGAACAGGAUAUCUUGCGUACUCGCGUCAAGACCACUGGCAUCGUUGAGGUACACUUUUCCUUCAAAAAUCUCAACUUUAAAUUGUUUGACGUGGGCGGCCAGCGUUCAGAGCGUAAGAAAUGGAUACAUUGCUUCGAGGAUGUUACAGCGAUCAUUUUCUGCGUGGCCAUGUCUGAGUACGAUCAGGUCUUGCAUGAGGAUGAAACCACGAACCGCAUGCAAGAGUCGCUGAAACUGUUUGACUCGAUCUGUAACAACAAAUGGUUCACAGACACCUCGAUCAUUCUGUUCCUGAACAAGAAGGAUCUGUUCGAGGAGAAGAUUCGCAAGAGUCCCCUGACAAUUUGCUUCCCCGAAUACACAGGUGGACAGGAGUAUGGCGAGGCGGCUGCUUACAUUCAGGCUCAAUUUGAAGCGAAAAACAAAUCAACCUCAAAAGAAAUCUACUGCCACAUGACGUGUGCCACAGAUACCAACAACAUUCAGUUUGUAUUCGAUGCUGUCACCGAUGUCAUCAUAGCAAACAACCUGCGCGGCUGUGGACUGUACUAAGAAGGAGGAUUCCAUAGCCGGAUCCCUAUUACAAUGAUAAUGAUGAUAUAAUGAUGAUGAUGAUAAUGUGGAGCAGAAAUGGGGGCGUUAGCAGGGAAAACCGUAACGGUAUUAAAGAGCAGCGCGGGAGCACAACAACCCACCAGCAUUGAUCAAAAACCAAACAAUUUAAGAGCAGAUGAUAGAACCAACCAACCGCAACCACACAUAGGACACUGAACACUGAACAAGCAAAGCCCAAAGAACUUUUAUUUGUUUAACAAAAAAGAAAAGAAGAAAAAAAAAGCCGGCGGAUGGAAGGAAAUCCCGGAUGGAUGAUAUAAGCGACAAGUACAUUACAUAAUAUCGAUAAUAUUGAUGCAGAUAAACAUACACACACACACAAACACACGCACACACAAUGCUAAUAAUGAUCAGGGCAACAAUGAUAAUGAGGCGGCAGGCAACUGACACUGGAAACACGCGAGAGAAGUCACAUUUGAUAUAUAUGAAAAAAAGUCAGUUGAUUGAAAGGCAUUUCCUAUAUACAUACAUAUACAAAACACAUACAUAUGCAUUAUGCAAAGCCACAUGUACGACAUGACACUAACACACACACACACACACACUCAUACAAAGCAUACACAAGCGCCAGCAUUGCAUAUAGUUGUUGUUUGGUCUGAAUAAUUUUUAUAGAAUUUCAUAAUUUAUGUGUAGUUUAGUUUCCUCAUGUAUUUAUUAAACAAAACAAAAAACAAAAACAAAAACCAAACGAGCGUAUAUCUACAUAUACCGCAUAUAUAUAUACAUACACUUCUAUAUAUACAUAUAUAUAAAUAUUAUAUAUAUUAAAUGUUUCCUGUUGCAAUCUCUCUUUAAAAUUAUUCAUGCCAUCAACGCUCUGCAUUUGUCAUGCUUGUUUAGACUUAAGUUCGAAAGUUUCAACAAAAUCCAGCGGCAAAGGAAAUAAUAAUAAUAAUAUUAAUUUGAUAGCGUGUCAGCGUGUGGGCUAAAAAGUAAAUAAUAUUAUAUAACAAAUCAAGAAAACCAAAAAAAAAAACAUAAUGAGGACAAGAAGAAAAAAGAGAAACAAAAAACAAAAUACGGAAGGCAAAUCUUUAACGUUUAAGUCUAAUUUAAAGAUAAAUGAAAAGGAUAUAAAACAAACAAAAAAAGAAAAACAAAACUAUCUAUUGUAUUUACAAGAACAAAAAAAAACGAAGCGAAACUAAACUAAAUGAAAAACCAGAUAAGAGUCAAGUCAAGCAAAGCAUAUGUGGCCACUUAACUAACUUAUGUAAAGAGCAGCAUUAGCAGCAGCCAUCAUCGAUGAUUGAUUGAUUGAUACAUUUCAAUGUAAAUUGUAAUUUGUUGAAUUUACGUGUAUAGAAGAAGUUUAGCUGGCAAACACACAAAACAAACAAACAAACAAACAAACACGCAUACUGGACACAAACUAACUAUAAUUUAAUUCACUUAACGAGCUGAUUUGUUGUAAUUUACAAUGAUUUGUGGCAUUUAUAGCAGGAGGAGCAAGGCAAAUCAGCGAUGAUCAAAACACAAUUCAACUUUGGCGGCGCACAAAAGCAUGCUAUAUAUUUUUGCCAUAUCUACGCACACACACACACACAUACGAGAACACACAAACAAAAAAAAUAUGAAUCAAAAUGAAUGGAACGCAGAACUCAAAUCUCCCACAAUGAAACUAAGGAUUGUAUGUAAUAAUAUAAUAAUUUAUAAAUUCUACUUUUAAUGAUAAACAUCUUCAUACAUGUACCUAUAUAUGUAUGUAUGUGACUGUAUCUAGCGAAUGGCAUUUAACCCCCCUGCCCCCCGAAGUAUGUUGAAUUGUUUGAUUAGACUUAUUAUUAUUACAAUUAUUAUGUAUAUGCUUUGUAUGUAUGUAUUUUGUGCAUUUUGAUUUUACACAACGAUUUAGCUGCAAUGAAUUUAUAUUGUUAUUUUUAUAUAGUAUUUCUUUUGUAUCUGCCCAGUCUUCUCCUCCCCUCUCCUCGAUAUCCUCCUAACUCCUUUACUGCAAAUCUCCUCUACUCUCUUGUGCUCUUGCUCUAGUUGGACGGAAAUCCAUUUAUGUUUUAUAGUUUUUAAGCCUAAUUUAUGUAAACGCACACACAAACACACACACAACUUAAACAUCAACUAAGUAAGUUUAUUAGCGAAAUAAAUAUUAUUUGACAUUCAACAAAA